AUGAUUUUUUUAACAAUAUCAUUACAUGUUAGCAAAUGUUUUUAUUUUUUUUAUUUUCAUUUAGAUUUAACGUCAAACAUGACUGGCCAGGAAGACGUCCUACGAGCUUUGGGGUGCAUUGUUAAAAUGAACAUAGAAAACAUUGCAGAAGACUGCUCUGCUUGUGGGAUUCUGCUCAGUCCUUCUCGAGGCAUUAUUUUAUCUCAUGGGUCCAUCCUGACAGAGCUUUGUCUCAAGGAUAAAUCUUUGUACUCAUCACUGAAACAUGAGCAUGUCAUCAAAGGAUCAGAUCUUCAUAGUUCUAAGUUUGAGGUGUUAAUUGAUGACAGAUGGUCGACUCGAUUUGAAUCAACACAUCCAGCUCCUAUAGCAAGAGAAUCAAGUGAUAAUUUGUCAGAACCGGGCAGAAACACUGUAACAUCAGCGUCUUUUAUUCGUGUUAAAUGUGUAUUGCUUUAUGCAUUCAGAAAUGCUGAUUUCGCCAAGACUCUAGCAAAAAUUAUGCCUGACAGUAAUUGGACCUUCACUACCGAUUGCUCUGAAGACUCAACUUCUGAAGAUAGUACAUCUCUGCAACAACACGACAUGACAGACAUAGAUGAAAAUAAUGUUUGCUUUAAUUUGCUCAGUUACUUUUUGCUUCUGAAAAUUGCACCCUUAAGUUUAAAUUCUCAGAAUAAUUAUUUGUUAUCAUCACUGAGACCAUUGUUAUUGAAGUCACACAACUGUCAAAUAGGAGACUUUGCAGAAAUUGUAGCCACACCAUUUGGCAGUCAGAAUCCCUUGUUAUUUUUCAACUCCUUCAGCAGAGGUGUUGUUUGCAAUGUCAGUGGCACGCAGGGAUGUUGGAUUUUGACUGAUGCUCGUUGCAUACCUGGCUCAGAAGGGGGACCACUGUUUACAGGAAAUGACAACCAGACUAGACGUCUCUCAGGCAUUAUUGCUGCAUCCUUGUGUUGGAAGAACAAAGAAUGGAUUGGGUUUUCCUUGGCAUGCAGCUUAAACAGUAUCUACAGUGCACUGGACUUUUAUAUGAAAGCAGGCAGGCUCAAACUGUGGUCAGAAUCCAAAGAUUGGAUUGAAAGGAACCUGUUAAACGGACGCAGUACCCUUUUAUCCAAUACAAAAAAUGCACCGAUAUGUAAAUAUGUUUUUAUUCUAAACUGCCUUUAUGUCAGGAAGAGAUCGUUGUUGUCAUCCACUGUGGCAGUACGGGUUGGAAGCACAUGGGGCUCAGGAAUCAUCGUUGACCGAGACAAAGGAAUCAUUUUAACAUGUGGUCAUGUUGUCAAAGAUUCACACAGCUUUGAUGUACAGAUCAAACCUUUCCAAGGCUCACCUCGGUACAAGGCUACACUAGUCUACAGCAGCUCUGGCACUUUUCAGAAACCUUAUGAUAUCGCCAUUUUGAAAUGUCCACAAGCUGUUCACAGUUGUCCCGUCUACAGAGAGCCUAGGAUAUGCAGUCCUAAACUUGGUGAGAGGGUUUUUGUUGUUGGCCAUGCCUUGUUCAGCACAGAGCUUGACCUGCAGCCAUCACUGUGUGCAGGAGUCAUUGCCAAGGUCGUAACAUUUAAAGGCCAGUCUGUGAUGAUACAGUCUACUUGUGCAGUGCAUGCUGGGGCAAGUGGUGGGCCAUUAUUGAACACAGCAGGUGAUUUGGUUGGCAUAGUUGUCUGCAACACAGUAGACAAGGGAAGCAAUUCCAGUUACCCACAUAUCAACAUGAGUAUCCCAGCUGUUAGUGUCUGGCCUAUUGUUCAGAGUUAUCUUCAGACCGGAG